UCAUACGGCGAGCCCUCGUGGUCGCGCUGGGCCCGCAACCGCCAUAUCAGUAGCUCAGAGGACACGGACAAGUGGGGCACCGAGCAUCUGCGAUUCAAAUUCUACGUCGAGGGCCCCCGCGCCCAGGGCGUCGUCCAUGUCCAUUUGACAAAGAGGCCCAGCCAGGCCGACUACGAGUAUGAGACGCUGGCCGUCGAUGUCAAGGGCCACCAGAGGAUUGAUUUGGUUGCCGAUCGCCACAAGGAGAGGGUUGCCCCCAAAUUCUUUGGUGCGAGAUGGUGGUAG